CCUUCUGUGCCACUGCAGGUCCCGGAGGACUUCAUCUCUCGGGAGCUCUUUGACACCAUCCAGGUGUACGUCAUCACGAAGCCCGAGCUGCAGAACAAGCUGAUCACCGUGACGGCCAUGGAGAAGAAGCUGAUAGGCUGCCCUGUGUGUAUUGAGCACAAGAAGUACAGCCGAAACGCUCUGCUCUUCAACCUAGGCUUCGUGUGCGAUGCCAGAGCCAAGGCCUGCGCACUGGAGCCCAUAGUGAAGAAGUUGGCUGGCUACCUCACCACCCUCGAGCUGGAAAGCGGCUUCAUCUCCAAUGAGGAGAGUAAACAGAAGCUGGUUCCCAUCAUGACCAUCCUGCUGGAGGAGCUGAACGCCAAAGGAAAGUGCACUCUGCCCAUAGAUGAGUCGAACACCAUCCACUUGAAGGUGAUCGAGCAGCGCCCAGACCCCCCUAUUGUGCAGGAGUACGACGUCCCUGUCUUCACCCAAGACAAGGAUGACUUCUUCAACUCCCAGUGGGAUCUCACCACGCAGCAGAUCCUGCCCUACAUUGAUGGCUUUCGGCACGUCCAGAAGAUUUCCGCAGAAGCCGACGUGGAGCUGAACUUGGUGCGCAUUGCUGUGCAAAACCUGCUGUACUACGGGGUCGUCACGCUCGUCUCCAUACUCCAGUACUCCAACGUCUACUGCACCACGCCGAAGGUCCAGGACCUGGUGGAUGACAAGUGUCUCCAGGAAGAGUGUCUGUCCUACGUCACCAAACAAGGGCACAAGCGAGCCAGCCUCAGGGACGUCUUCCAGCUGUACUGUGGGCUGAGCCCUGGCACGACGGUGCGAGACCUCAUCUCCCGCUACACCGUGCAGCUCCAGAGGGUGGACGAGAGGAGGCUCAUCCAGUUUGGCCUGAUGAAGGGCCUUAUCCGGCGGCUCCAGAAAUACCCCGUCAAGGUUGCCCGGGACGAGCGGUAG